AUGGUAAAAGUACCGAAAUGCCCCCGUGUCGUUUUGCUCCAGUUUCUGGUCCUUGACGUCGAGCUGCUGCGCAGCGCGGGUGUCCGCGGCGGCGGUGGCGAGGGAGCAGGCGGAGAGUGCGGCACAGCACAACGAGAAGGUGGAGCUGGAGCGACGCUGCGUGACGGCGCGACGGAGAAGGACAGUGCGCGCGAGAAAAGAGCACCGCGGCCGGGCGGCACGAUGCGGGUGCGCAGAGACCAUGCCUGGGUGAGGAGGGGGUUGCCGGCGCUGGAUUCGGGUGCAGGCACGGCCGACUACGGGCCCGUGCGCGGCGUGGUGCGGAAGCGGCGCGAUUGCGGUGUGGCUGGCGACGACGGCCUUGCUGCGACGCAGGCACGGUGGUCGGCGUCAUGCGGGGCUGCUCGGCUAGGUAGUGCACUGGCCGUGCGAGAUGGCGCCGCGCCGGGUGUGCAGCAGCUUGCGGCAACUCGUGGCCGCGAUGGGGCGCGUGGGUGCAGGCAGCGGCUAGCGGCCAGCAGCUCGCGGUGCAGUGCCGUGCAAGGCACAGCCGAUGGGCAGCAGUUCUUCGUCGUCAUGUGGCCCGCCCAAAGUUGUGUCUGCUCCGUUCAUGCAACGGAGACGAACCGCGUGACGGCGAGGCGUGCGUCGGUGCGGCGGAGAAGGACGGCGUCGGCGGCGCUGCAGCACGGUGUGUCUCGUCGGGAGGAAGAGAACAAGAAAAUAGAAGAGAGGCUGACAUCCUUGACCCACAUAAUCGUUGACCUGGCUAGACUCAUAGGUAUUUAUGUUUGGGUCGUCAACCCCGCGAGCAGAGCAGCCGUCAUCCGCAUCGGCACAUCCUCCUCACCAAAAAUGCCACCACCCAUGGCCAUGGCGACCCCCGCCGCCUCCGCCACCCUCACCCUCCUCCUCCCCGCCUCGCCGCCAAUGCGGCUGCGCGCGCGGCGGCCGCCGGCAAGGACGAGCAGGAGCAGGCCCCUCCUCCUCCGCGCGUCGUGCGCCUACGCGCUCCGGGAGGGGCAGUCGCAGCGGUUCCACCGCCUGCCCUGCGGCCUCGACCUCGAGGUUAUCGCCCAGCAGCCGCCUGCCCCGGCCACGGGCGGUGGCGGCGCCGCCGCGAGGCCGCCGCUGGUGUUCGUGCACGGGAGCUUCCACGCGGCGUGGUGCUGGGCGGAGCACUGGCUCCCCUUCUUCUCCAGCGCCGGGUUCCCCUGCUACGCGCUCAGCCUCCGCGCCCAGGGUGAAAGUAGCGUUCCGCCAGAAAAAGUGGCUGGCACACUUGAGACGCAUACUGGCGAUAUUGCUGAUUUCAUCCGGAAGGAGGUUUCCCUGCCACCUGUAUUGAUUGGACAUUCAUUUGGAGGCUUGAUUGUGCAGCAAUAUAUAUCUUGUUUGGGAGGUUCAGAACUUCUGCAUCCAAAGCUUGCUGGUGCUGUUCUUGUAUGCUCUGUGCCUCCCUCAGGAAAUAGUGGGUUGGUGUGGCGUUACCUUUUGACCAAACCAGUUGCUGCCAUCAAGGUGACACUCAGCUUGGCUGCAAAACGAUUUGCAAAUUCGUUGUCCCUCUGUAAGGAAACAUUUUUCUCGCCAGAGAUGGAUGAUGACCUGGUCCAAAGGUACCAAGGGCUAAUGAAGGACAGCUCAAAGUUACCACUAUUUGACCUAAGGAAGCUCAAUGCAUCAUUGCCUGUAGCUUCUGUGCCAAAUAAUACAGUAAACAUCCUCGUUGUGGGCGCCAGCAGUGACUUCAUUGUUGAUGCUGAAGGGCUUUCAGAAACUGCAAGAUUUUAUAAUGUGCAACCAGUCUGCAUCGAAGGGAUAGCCCAUGAUAUGAUGCUUGAUUGCUCGUGGGAUAAAGGAGCUGGGAUUAUCUUGUCAUGGCUGGAGAAACUUACACCAAGAUAAAUCUUUUGUAUUUUUUAAGACCUGUUUCUACAUUUUGUAGCCCUUGUUCAUUUUCAAAUGUAGAAUCUUUGGUUGAUAGGCAGUUUAGUUAGUGCUCUUCAGUUUUUUUUGUAUUAUUAUUUGAUUGAAUAAAUUUAAGCAUGCUUAGUGAACAAUACUGCAUGAAUUGCUAGACUGAUUUAUCCCGUCACUGUUAGUUAUUUUUAUUUUUAAUGCUAAAAUGCUUCAUGAACACUGGCUAUUAUUUGCAAGAGUUAUGUGUUGCGAUACAACAAAGAUGUAUGGAUGUGAAUUGGUAAGAAACACUUUUGUUCAAACAUGUACUCCGUAACAUA